AGGCACGAGGAUCCGGUGUCCCAACAGCGGGAAAAUGCGGCCUUUGACUGAAGAGGAGACUCGUGUCAUGUUUGAGAAGAUAGCAAAAUACAUCGGGGAGAACCUUCAGCUGCUGGUCGAUAGGCCCGACGGCACCUACUGUUUCAGGCUGCACAACGACCGCGUGUACUACGUGAGUGAAAAGAUCUUGAAGUUGGCCGCCAACAUCGCCGGUGACAAGCUGGUGUCGCUGGGGACCUGCUUCGGAAAAUUCACUAAGACCCACAAAUUCCGGUUGCACAUCACAGCUCUGGAUUACCUGGCACCCUAUGCCAAGUACAAAGUGUGGAUAAAGUCUGGAGCAGAGCAGUCCUUCCUGUAUGGGAAUCACGUGUUAAAAUCUGGACUGGGUCGAAUCACUGAAAACACGUCUCAGUACCAGGGAGUGGUGGUGUACUCCAUGGCAGACAUCCCUUUGGGUUUUGGGGUGGCAGCAAAGUCUACACAAGACUGCAGGAAAGUAGACCCCAUGGCGAUUGUGGUAUUUCAUCAAGCAGACAUUGGGGAAUAUGUGCGACAUGAAGAGACAUUGACUUAAAACGAAAUCAUCGCGAGGACUUAUGGCUGUGUGGAAGGGCCUAGCUUUGUUUCCUGUGUCUGUGUAGGCUCCACCAUCAUGUUGAAUUUGGCCAACACUGUGCUCUCUCCAGGGACUACUUAGUUUGAUAUGGACAAAUGCAGGCUGGAUUCUUACUAAGCAGGAAUGGGUCAAAAAUGGCGUUUUGGGUGUUUGUGUUUGUUACUAAAUAGAAUAUCGUGUUUUUUAUAUUUCAAUCAGAGGGCUUCUUGUUUUCAGUAAAAGAUUCUAAAUCAUUGGAAUUGAGGACAAGAAUAGCUCAUUGUUAUCUGUGAUAACAUUUUUCCAAGCUUAUGGUAAGAACACAACAGGUUUUCUUACUUAUUAAUAUUAGGAAGGUAGAUAUUGCUGUAUGGCCAUGUCUGGGAUUUUACAAAUGAAAUUUGGAUAAAAUACUAAGAGCAAUUUAUUCUAGUUUUCCUUAUGAUGAGUGCUGUGUGGUGUGGAAGAAAACUUGGAUCCUAAACCUAGUUCUAAUAUCUACCAGUUCUAUGAUGUUUUAGAUGAGUCAUUAAAUUUUAAUGAGCUUCAUUUUCUUCUGUUUCAAAGAACAGCUUUAACCAUCUACCUAAGAAUGGUUUUCAGAAUUUGCCUAGCAAAUGACAGGUGCUGACUAAGUGGUAAGAAUUGUUUUUAUGUUGCAUAUACUGAAUGUUUCUGCUACUAAGCGUAGGAUCUAAUGAGUAUAAUUUGAUUACAUUAUUUUGGUUUUUCCAAGCUGUUUUCUGCAUCUUUUUCCUGGAUGGUGAUUUCAGGUUGAAUGUUAUGUUCAUCACCUUGACUUCCUAAAACAUUUCCCUUAUGAACCUUUACUUACCUUAUUGGACUGGACAAAAAGCACUAAUCAGAGACCCUGAAGUAAUUUACCACCUUCAUUAUUCCCCAUGCUUCCUGAAAUCAUUUUUAGAAUUAAAGUAUUUUUAAAAUGAAAGUAAUUUCACAGGGAAAUAUUUUUUAAACUACCUAUAUUAUAAAACAGAUUUUCUAAUGAUUAUACUGUUUAAAAUCCAAAGGUGACAUCUCUAAAAAUAAAACAUUUUUAACUCCAAAGAUGCUAAAUAUCCUAUAAUGCUACUACCAAUUGUAGAAUGCUUUUUCACCCAUUUUUUCAACUCUUCUUCCUUCACCAGUUCUCUGUUAACCUCUGAAUAGACUUAGUGGCCCAGCUGGCAUGGCUCAGUGGUUGAGUGUCAACCUAUGAACCAGGAGGUCAAGGUUUGAUUCCAAGUCAGGGCACAUGCCGGGGUUGUGGGCUGGAUCCCCAAUGUGGGAUGUGCCUGAGGUGGCUGAUCAGUGAUUCUCUCUCAUCAUUGAUGUUUCUAUCUCUCUCUCUCCCUCUCCCUCUCUUUUUGAAAUUAAUAAAAAAUAUUUAAAAUAAGUAAAUAGACUUAGUGAAGGUUAAGGGACUGCUACAGUAUUUUGAUGGUACAUUUGGUGCGUACAUUAGAAAUAGCCAACAUCAAAACUUCUACAUUUUUAUUCCUUUAUU